AUGCACUAUUAAUACUCUAACGCCGAGGUCAGCUGCUGGUAUAAGUACCUCCUUUUCAGCUACAACAUCGUCUUCUGGUUGGCUGGAGUUGUCUUCCUUGGAGUCGGACUGUGGGCAUGGAGCGAAAAGGGGGUGCUGUCCGACCUCACCAAAGUGACCCGGCUGCACGGAAUCGACCCUGUCGUGCUGGUCCUGAUGGUGGGCGUGGUGAUGUUCACGCUGGGGUUCGCUGGCUGCGUGGGGGCCCGGGAGAACAUCUGCCUGCUCAAGUUUUUCUGUGGCACCAUCGUGCUCAUCUUCUUCCUGGAGCUGGCCGUGGCCGUGCUGGCCUUCCUCUUCCAGGACUGGGUGCGGGACCGGUUCCGGGAGUUCUUCGAGAGCAACAUCAGAUCCUACCGGGACGACAUUGACCUGCAGAACCUCAUUGACUCCCUGCAGAAAGCUAACCAGUGCUGCGGUGCCUAUGGCCCUGAAGACUGGGACCUCAACGUCUAUUUCAAUUGCAGCGGCGCCAGCUACAGCCGCGAGAAGUGUGGGGUGCCCUUCUCCUGCUGCGUGCCGGACCCUGCGCAAAAAGUUGUGAACACGCAGUGCGGAUAUGAUGUCAGGACCCAGCUGAAGAGCAAGUGGGAGUCCAUCUUCACAAAAGGGUGCAUCCAGGCACUGGAGGGCUGGCUUCCACGCAACAUUUACAUCGUGGCCGGUGUCUUUAUCGCCAUCUCCCUGCUACAGAUAUUUGGCAUCUUCCUGGCGAAGACCUUGAUCUCGGACAUUGAGGCCGUGAAGGCAGGCCAUCACUUCUGAGGGACAGAGGUGAGCAAGCAGAGCUGAGCCACGCCGUGGAGGCCAGAGCCCUUCCCCGUUGUCACCUCCGUGUCCAGAGGGAGGAAGUGGAUGCACCCAGCCAGAGCCGGCGCCCUGUCUUCGGCAUCAGCGUGACAUGACCUCUCUGCUUCUGUUUGCUGGUGCUGAAGACUGAGGGGCCCCCCUCUAACCCGCACAAACUUGUGACUGAGACGCUCUCCCCCCGCCACCACUUGGGGUCUACCCAGAGACGGAGAACGUGUCUUUAAGCGGGGCUGGCGACUGAGGGACAGAAGGCCCCUGUGGCUGUGAAGGGGGCCUGACUCAGUUCUCCUGGAGGCCGACUGUGUCUGCGGGGCACCCUGACCGCCCCACUCAUGUUAUCGGUGCCGGCCCGGAGGGCAGCCAUCUGCUGUGAGUGGGACAGGGGGGGGGGGGGGGGCUGGACCAGAAGACACGGACAAGGCUUCUCCCAGCAGCAGAAGGGUGCUGCCUGUAAUUGGGGAGGGGAAGGGACACAAGUGGACCGUGCCAGCGGAGCCUGUGGUGUCUGCACGACUCGGGGAUGUUUGCAGGAUCCUCAGCCACGUUCAAGUAAGCCUGAGCCAUGUGGGACCGGUGCCACGGAGGACCUCCUCUGCCGCCCCUUCCAGGGCAGGAACCGCCCCUCGUCUCAAUAGCAUUAUGCCCAGAUGGCACGGGGGCAUGGGCAGGGUUCUCCUCUGAGAGUCGGCUCUUCUUUUCUUAAAGUGUGUAAAUAGUUUAUUUAUAGGGAUAAGAAUGUUCUCACACCAUUUCUUCAUUUCCUCUGGCAUUCCUCUAAGCAGCCUUACGCGGUGUCUGGGACUGAAGCCAUCCCUUUCAGUUCCUUUGAGUGUCUCAAGACCCAACCCAUCAGCUUCUCCUUUUCAUCCCUAAUGACCCAGGUGCACACGCGCGCUCCCCCUUCCUCCGUGCACCCCCCAGCACACACGCACCUGCGCCCCUCCCCUGCUUGGCCUCACUGUCUUCUGGUCUUGGUGCUACUGAAACUGUCAUCCGGAACUGAAUCCUGACCUCCCCCCCUCCCGCUGCGAGGCCGAGGAGCCCCAGCCAGAGAGAGCUGGCCCGGAACCUUUGACCAGGGCAGCUUUCGAGGCCACGUGGUCAGGGCCGCUGGCCGGCCUGGCAUUUGCCUCCCCCUGGAGUGAAUCUAGCCCGGCUCCUGUGUGGAGCCGCAGACCCCAGCCUGCAGCUUGUAGAAGCUCGGGAUGGUUUUUUUUUUUCCUCCCCUAACUUUUGUGAUGACCUCCCCCCACUGUCCCCAAACAGGAUAUCUGUGGUGACCGUGUCUACCCUUCCUGGCAGGGCUAUCCUGGGGCUUGCUCUUGGAAAUGAAGUCUGUCUGAUGUCCUGAAUGGUUCCUCCCCCCCAGGGACAGCUGGGGCAUUUGUGCGUCUCUGGGCUACUUUCUAACGCUUCUCUGGAUCUCGUGCCCGUUCUGUCCUCAUCGUUCAGGGAUCGAGUGCUACCUUCACUUACUCGCAGAAGUGUACAUGCUAGUGUGGGUAUCCUGGUGGGUGUUGUUGAUGAUGUUAUGAUACAGUUUUUUUUGUUGUUGUUGUUUUUUUACAGUUUUCUCUGUAGACUAGAGGAAGAAGGAUGCUUGUGUUUCAGGAAGUGUAAUGCUUUUCUUUGACUGCCAAACUCUUUUAUGGAAUAUAUCUUUGUAUUAAUG